AUGUCAAAGAAGGACGCAAGAUGCGCGGUUUCUGACGAUGCCGAAAUUCAGUUCGUCAAGACCGUUAACAGGGGCAAAAAUCGCGGAGAAAAGACCAAAGUUUCAACAGAACCAGGCAAGGCUAAGGGUCGUUUCUGCGAUGACAUUGUUCAAAGUUCGAUUCAAUCGGCACCCGAGGCGGAUGUUAUAGAAAUUCUACGAGCUCCAAAUUCAAGCAAUUCUUAUUUUUCACCAAAGCGAACAACCGAUGGUUUCAAAAAAGCGACAGUGAACAGAUCGAUUGCAUCUUCAGCUCGAAGAUACGAAAAUUUUGUGCCUCCAACGAGAAAUAGAAAUUCCUUAAGUAGUGCUACAACCGUAAGUAUAGAUGAACAUUUGGCAAACAGUGAAUCAAACGCUAAUACAGAUGCUGGAUCCGAAUCAGAGGACAAAAAGUCCGAUAAAGUGAUUCGACUACCGACAGGACUUCAGAAGUCACGUUUGCUGCUAAAUAAAGAUCCGACCUCAGAAUCGAAAUCGAAACAGUCUACUCUUAAUUUUACAUCGUCUUUGGUUAAAAAAGAAAAUGUUCCCAGGCGGGGAAUUCCAAAUUUGAAACAACAUUUCAAGAAAAGUUGCAAAAAAAUCCAGUACGAAGACUCAGAUGAUUCAAUAAUUCAUUCUUCGUCGAAUGAGGAUGAAAAGAAACUUGUUUCUGAGUCAACCAGAUCCAAAAAUCAAAUUGGGUCGGCAAAAACGAUCAGUUUUUCCAGCGCUGGAUCCAAGAACAGAACAAAUAUUGGAAAAGGUAAAUUUGGAGUGAAAGCCAGGGACCCAAAAAUAAAAGCGAGGUGCAAUAAAAGCUCAGAAGCUACCGAUUCAGAAGACAGUUUGAGUGACAGCGAGGCUGAAAAUAGACGAAGAAAGCGAAUAACAGAAAUUAUCCAGGCAAAUAGAAUGCAAAGGUUCAAGAAUCAAGCGCGUGUAUCGGAUGAAGAUGACGACGUACGAGAAAUCAACCCGAACUCCAUAACUGAACCGAGAAGAUCAAGAAAGCCGAACAGAAUCAUGACGGACGCCGAGUGUAACAAAGAAACACGAAAGGCAUGUCGGGAAGAAAAAGAAAGAAUAGCUCGUGUAAAUAGAUAUGCUAAGAAAGGCUUAUAUAAGUGGGAGUUAGUCGGGGAUGCGAAAGUUUAUUCGAAAGUUUGGUUGGAAAAGGUGACCAAAAAUGGUGUGGACGAGCCCCUUGUCGAAGUUCAAGAUAAAGUAGCCUAUGCUGGAUCGCAAUCAGAGAACAAAAAGUCCGAUAAAGUGAUUCGACUACCGACAGGACUUCAGAAGUCACGUUUGCUGCUAAAUAAAGAUCCGACCUCAGAAUCGAAAUCGAAACAGUCUACUCUUAAUUUUACAUCGUCUUUGGUUAAAAAAGAAAAUGUUCCCAGGCGGGGAAUACCAAAUUUGAAACAACAUUUCAAGAAAAGUUGCAACAAAAUCCAGUACGAAGACUCAGAUGAUUCAAUAAUUCAUUCUUCGUCGAAUGAGGAUGAAAAGAAACUUGUUUCUGAGUCAACCAGAUCCAAAAAUCAAAUUGGGUCGGCAAAAACGAUCAGUUCUUCCAGCGCUGGAUCCAAGAACAGAACAAAUAUUGGAAAAGGUAAAUUUGGAGUGAAAGCCAGGGACCCAAAAAUAAAAGCGAGGUGCAAUAAAAGCUCAGAAGCUACCGAUUCAGAAGACAGUUUGAGUGACAGCGAGGCUGAAAAUAGACGAAGAAAGCGAAUAAGAGAAGUUAUCCAGGCAAAUAGAAUGCAAAGGUUCAAGAAUCAAGCGCGUGUAUCGGAUGAAGAUGACGACGUACGAGAAAUCAACCCGAACUCCAUAACUGAACCGAGAAGAUCAAGAAAGCCGAACAGAAUCAUGACGGACGCCGAGUGUAACAAAGAAACACGAAAGGCAUGUCGGGAAGAAAAAGAAAGAAUAGCUCGUGUAAAUAGAUAUGCUAAGAAAGGCUUAUAUAAGUGGGAGUUAGUCGGGGAUGCGAAAGUUUAUUCGAAAGUUUGGUUGGAAAAGGUGACCAAAAAUGGUGUGGACGAGCCCCUUGUCGAAGUUCAAGAUAAAGUAGCCUGUCAGUUAAAGGAACACCAAGUCGAUGGAAUUCAAUUCAUGUACAAUUGCUUACUAGAAUCCGUUCAAAGGUCUAAAACAUCUGACGGAAGUGGCUGUAUAUUGGCUCAUUGCAUGGGAUUAGGAAAGACCCUACAAGUCAUCGCUUUUUUGGACGCAGUUCUAUCUUCAGCAAAUUUGGAACAUUUUCAAAGAGCGAUUGUGAUUGCGCCAUGUAGUACAUUGUUCAAUUGGAAGAAAGAGUUCAAAUCUUGGCUUGGAGGAGACAGGAAUUUUUCGGUCUUGAAUCUGGACAGGUUCAAGAGAGACCGUCCUAAAAUGAUGCAAAAGUUGCACGAAUGGAGCGAAGAACGCGGAGUGUUGAUCAUUGGUUAUGAAAUGUUCUCUAACUUAGUAAGGCAAAGCAUGGCAGAAACUACCGAUACAUGCUGCAAAGCUUCGAGUUGCCUCUCUUUUCCUUUUGACCCCAAUCCAGACAAAAAAGCACCAUCACAGUUUACGGAGAGCUAUUGUUUGCUGAGUGCGGCGAAAAUCCGAAAUAAAAUUUCAGAAGGGAUGGCAAAGAAGGACGCAAGAUGCGCGGUGUCUGACGAUGCCGAAAUUCAGUUCGUCAAGACCGUUAACAGGGGCAAAAAUCGCGGAGAAAAGACCAAAGUUACAACAAAACCAGGCAAUGCUAAGGGUCGUUUCUGCGAUGACAUUGUUCAAAGUUCGAUUCAGUCGGCACCCGAGGCGGAUGUUAUAGAAAUUCUACGAGCUCCAAAUUCAAGCAAUUCUUAUUUUUCACCAAAGCGAACAACCGAUGGUUUCAAAAAAGCGACAGUGAACAGAUCGGUUGCAUCUUCAGCUCGAAGAUACGAAAAUUUUGUGCCUCCAACGAGAAAUAGAAAUUCCUUAAGUAGUGCUACAACCGUAAGUAUAGAUGAACAUUUGGCAAACAGUGAAUCAAACGCUAAUACAGGUCAAGGAGUCUUAUUCGAAGAAUUGUCUGCAUACUCACCAAGAAGUAUUUCAGUGCCUUCGACGAGUUCAAUGCCGAUACAAACUAACUUGUAUCCUCAACAAUUACCAUCCCCUACCCUGGGAAACGCAAAUCCAUUCACCGAUGGUCGAAACAUCAUAAUCAAUACGAAUGUUUACACAGAUUCACAGCCGAAUUCAAACAACGCUCAAUCCAGCACUCAGUGUGAAUCUUGUCGGACGAAAGGUGUGAUGGUGAAUGCAGAAGCUCAAUGCAACAUUCUCGAACCAACCAUGACUGUGGCCCCAAAAACACCCGUUAUGGUUUCAACUAGCACAAUGACCGAGGAAAUUGAAGCGUCAGCUGCCAAAGAUCCAAAUAAUGACUCAAAUACGGAAGUUCUGGUGACCAAUCAACCCAAAUCUGGAACCAGGAAAACUUUUUUGUGCAGUGAAAGCGACGAAAAUGAUAUUCCAAUUGACUUUUUCGAUGCUCUUUUACCGGCUUCGGACAAAGAGCCUGAAGAGUCAGUGGUUGGCGAGUUUGAUACAGCCAUUGAGCAAGAGAACGAAUUAGAUGAAAAUCAGAAGGAUGAGUCUACUGCAACUGAAUGUAAUCUUCAGGAGUCGAAUCCUUUUGUGAUCGGCGAAAGUAAGUUCCCAUGCACAGUGUCAGAAACAAAAAGUUUAGCAGCUGAUUGUGAUACGGAAGGAUCGUCUGAACAAUCCAAUCAUAGAUCCGUUAUAAAGAUUGGAACACGUUCUUCGAAAAUUGAAGAUUAUGAAGAGGCGGUUGAAAAAGUAGCUAGGAAGUCAAGCACUUAUCAGAGAGACAUCGAUGCUUACAAAAAUGCGGGACCCAAAGUCAUAGAGACAUCUAGUCAAAGUUCAGAGAAAUCCGUGAUGUCCUUACGGACUCCCGAAAAGCUUAAUAGAAGCUCGAUCUGUGAAAGAAUUUUAAGCCAGUCCUCAAGUGUGAUCAGCCUCUCGCCAAGAGUUUCUCGAAUCCAAAUUGAAAAGUUAGACGAUCAUGCAAGACGCAGUUUCGCAUCUUGCUCCCAGAAGUCGAAUGAUGUGAACUCAGGUUCAAGUGUGAAAGGAACUCCUGGCAGACUGAAAAAGCGCAAUCGAUUAGUAUCUACUUCAAGUGAUGAAAUGAGCGACAGUGAGAAGUUAGCUGAAUUGAAACGAAAACAAACGAGUCCUUGUAAGUCGCCAAUAUCGAACAAGAAAUCGAAACGCUGUCGAAUUUUGGAUUCUGACUUUGAGGAUUCUGAUCAUCAACUUGGUCUUGACGCGGAGCUUUUACGAGUACCCAAGUUUAAAAAACCAGUUUCAAGAGCAGUUAACGAAAGUAGUUCAAAUUGCAGAAGAAAAAAUGAAAGUCUUGACGAGGAUGGUUCAGAAGAUAAUAUGGAAGUAAGUCAAUCGGUGUUCCGAAGAAGAGUUUCAAAUACAGUCGGUGAAAUGAUUCCAAAUGAAGACGAAAUCUUCGAUGAAGCAAACGACUCCAUAAAUAAUGCUGAGAUUUCUAAUUCGCGCAAUGAAUUAAUCGGAUCAGACGAUUCAACUACUGACGAAGAUGCUCCUCUAGGCGAGAAAGUUGAUGAGUAUACACUAGAGAACAUAACUCUGGACCGAAACUUGAAAGAUCUUCAAAAAAGAUGGAAAAAUCGGAAGACAAAAAAUAGUGAUAAAGCAAAAGAUAGGAGUGUAAGUCCAGCUUCCACGGUUACAUUAUCUUCAGAUGCUGGAUCCGAAUCAGAGGACAAAAAGUCCGAUAAAGUGAUUCGACUACCGACAGGACUUCAGAAGUCACGUUUGCUGCUAAAUAAAGACCCGACCUCAGAAUCGAAAUCGAAACAGUCUACUCUUAAUUUUACAUCGUCUUUGGUUAAAAAAGAAAAUGUUCCCAGGCGGGGAAUUCCAAAUUUGAAACAACAUUUCAAGAAAAGUUGCAACAAAAUCCAGUACGAAGACUCAGAUGAUUCAAUAAUUCAUUCUUCGUCGAAUGAGGAUGAAAAGAAACUUGUUUCUGAGUCAACCAGAUCCAAAAAUCAAAUUGGGUCGGCAAAAACGAUCAGUUCUUCCAGCGCUGGAUCCAAGAACAGAACAAAUAUUGGAAACGGUAAAUUUGGAGUGAAAGCCAGGGACCCAAAAAUAAAAGCGAGGUGCAAUAAAAGCUCAGAAGCUACCGAUUCAGAAGACAGUUUGAGUGACAGCGAGGCUGAAAAUAGACGAAGAAAGCGAAUAAGAGAAGUUAUCCAGGCAAAUAGAAUGCAAAGGUUCAAGAAUCAAGCGCGUGUAUCGGAUGAAGAUGACGACGUACGAGAAAUCAACCCGAACUCCAUAACUGAACCGAGAAGAUCAAGAAAGCCGAACAGAAUCAUGACGGACGCCGAGUGUAACAAAGAAACACGAAAGGCAUGUCGGGAAGAAAAAGAAAGAAUAGCUCGUGUAAAUAGAUAUGCUAAGAAAGGCUUAUAUAAGUGGGAUUUAGUCGGGGAUGCGAAAGUUUAUUCGAAAGUUUGGUUGGAAAAGGUGAGCAAAAAUGGUGUGGACGAGCCCCUUGUCGAAGUUCAAGAUAAAGUAGCCUGUCAGUUGAAGGAACACCAAGUCGAUGGAAUUGAAUUCAUGUACAAUUGCUUACUAGAAUCCGUUCAAAGGUCUAAAACAUCUGACGGAAGUGGCUGUAUAUUGGCUCAUUGCAUGGGAUUAGGAAAGACCCUACAAGUCAUCGCUUUUUUGGACGCAGUUCUAUCUUCAGCAAAUUUGGAACAUUUUCAAAGAGCGAUUGUGAUUGCGCCAUGUAGUACAUUGUUCAAUUGGAAGAAAGAGUUCAAAUCUUGGCUUGGACGAGACAGGAAUUUUUCGGUCUUGAAUCUGGACAGGUUCAAGAGAGACCGUCCUAAAAUGAUGCAAAAGUUGCACGAAUGGAGCGAAGAACGCGGAGUGUUGAUCAUUGGUUAUGAAAUGUUUACUAACUUAGUAAGGCAAAGCAUGGCAGGAACUACCGAUACAGCGCCGAGGCCAAGAAGUAGAAUUCCGUUUAGCGACGAACAUAAAGAGCUCGUCCGACGUGCUCUGGUGGAUCCAGGAGCCGAUUUUGUGAUUUGUGACGAAGGCCACGAAUUGAAGAAUGACAAAACUGCAAAAGCGAAGAAUAUCAAACUGGUCAAAACUCGGAGGCGCAUCAUACUAACGGGAACACCUUUGCAGAAUAAUAUGACAGAGUAUUUCGUCAUGAUGGACUUUGUAAAACCUUUUCUACUGGGUAAUAAAAAAGAGUUCAGCAACAGAUUCUCGACCCCCAUCGACAAGGGUCAGAAAAGAGACGCCGGGAAGUUUGAAGUGAAGCUAAUGCAAAAGCGCACGCAUGUGUUGCAUAAACAGCUCUCGGGAUGCGUACAUAGAAGAGAUUUCUCGUACAUCAAGAAGCUUCUGCCGCAGAAGCGAGAGUUCACCCUGGAAAUCAAAAUGUGUGACCUUCAAAAAGAAAUGUACCUAAAGUUCCUGGAAAUGUAUGUACAAGCUGGCACCCAGACGGGAGCUCCUGUUGAUGCUAUGGAGGAGUUUGAAAUCAAACGAAGCGCCAUCACUAAUUUAUUCAGGAAUAAAAAUAUGCUGACUAAAAUAUUAUGCCACCCAAUAGCAACUUUGAGGACAAAGAAUGACGAGUUUGCAUGUAAUGGGAAGAAAAAGGAGGAAACUAAAUUGGACGAACUGAGGGAGGAGUUAGGAACUGUUGCGGAUAUUUUGGAAAAGAGUUUGGCGGACGCCAACCUAACAGCAGACGGGAUGGAUGCCGAACCAGAGGUAGGAUGGAACCACUGGCGAGAGUAUUUGAACGAGAAGCUAUCCAAAUACCUCACCAAAAAUGCAAUCUUCGACAUCAACUUGAGUGGAAAGUUUUUCCUGCUUUGUGAAAUUCUGAAGUUAUCAAAUGAGUGUGGAGAUAAGUUACUGGUGUUUAGCCAGUCUUUGGUAGUGUUGGAUUUGAUAGAAGAGAUGUUCCGGAUGUUCGUGAAAGCACAGGAAGAAAAAUGGACGAAAGACGAGCGAGGAAUAAAUGGAUACGAGGCCGGAAAUGUCUCAUGGAAAAAAGAUGAAAAUUAUUUGCGACUCGACGGAUCAACGUCCACUGAUACUCGAAAACAACUGUGCAAGAUAUUCAAUGAGAAAAAUAAUAAUUUCAAACUGAUGAUAAUUUCCACGAGGGCGGGAUCCCUCGGAAUCAAUCUCCAUUCGGCCAACCGCGUGAUAGUCUUCGACGCUUCCUGGAACCCAACUCAGGAUAUUCAAUCUAUGUUCAGAGUUUACAGAAUGGGACAGCAGAAACAAGUGUAUAUUUACAGGUUCAUAGGACAGGGCACGAUUGAACAUAAAGUUUAUUAUCGUCAAGUUGUCAAGGUUUCACUUGCAGAACGCGUCGUGGACAAAAAUUCGAAAGAAAGACGCUUCACGGAUCAUGAGUUAGGUGAAUUGUACAGGUUUAAUCCGACUAUGGAGGAAAGUCCAAUACAAAUGGUGCCUGAUGACAAGGUGUUGGCGGAUAUAGUUUACAACCACAAAGACAAGUGGAUCGGCAAUUUCUACGAACACGAUACCUUGUUGCAAGAUGAUAACGAUGAAGAUUUGUCCGAAUCGGAAAAAUUGGCGGCUUGGGAUGAAUAUGAAAAGGAACGUGAGCGAAUGAGGUCGCCGCCCCCGGGAGGUGUGUUGCCGGGCGCCAUUAAUUACCCUGGCCUGGUAGGGUUUCCCACGGGAUACGGGUUGUUACCGUCUGGACUACCUAUAAGCAUGAGUGACGUUUUCGCAGGACAAGAAUCCUUGAACGGACCAAGUAACCCAGCUGAAAGAGCAUCCUGGAUUGAAAGCCUGAGGAGCGUAUUACCUGCCGACCUGAUAGCGAAAUUAAUAAAUAAUGUGUCAAUUACAGACGAGUCACGACCGGUGGACAUGACAUUGCCGAGUAUAUUUGACGAAGCACCGUUGACAAGUUUGACUCAAGCUGGAGCCACUUUGCUUCAGUCAACCCACAACGCUACAGUGUCCAUCGCAGGAAACAUUCUUCCGGGACUGGAAAGUACAAGAAUUAGUGAUGCGGGUGCCUUGACCUUACCCGCGCCAAGUGAUAGUGCCGUGACUCCGGGAGUCUUACCUUUUCACCCUAAUACUAGAAGUACCAUAGCGCCUAUAAGUUCGGUGAGUCGUACAAGUAGCGUCAGCCAAAUACCUUCAGAAGUGACGCAGAACUCAAGUGUGGAUACAAAUCACCAGACGCCGAGAGCUGUUGCAAGCGAAGCUGACAUCACACGAGCCUCAACAGUGCUGAAGAACCAAGUCAUGAUGACCUUGAAACAGGACAUGUCAGUGGCGGAUAUCAAUAAGUAUCUUCUCAUUUAUGAGAAAGAAAGGAGGGCGCAUAUUAAGUUCAAAGAAGAUUUGAAAGCGUAUAAGAGUGACGCACUGGAAUAUGUUAAAAAAUUCAUUAAGAAAGUUAGCCUGGAAGAUCUCUACAAAGGCAAGACGAGCAAAAUACAGCUGAACAAAACAGUUCUUUGCAAAAAAUGCAAUGGACAAGGAGGGAAGCCUGGCUCUGUGAGUGUGUGUCGCGAGUGUGAGGGUCAAGGACGGGUUAUCAAAGUUCGGCAGCUGGGACCUGGAUUCGUGCAACAGUUCCAGACAGAAUGCUCCGCCUGUAACGGACAAGAUUUCAGACUCGACGGAUCAACGUCCACUGAUACUCGAAAACAACUGUGCAAGAUAUUCAAUGAGAAAAAUAAUAAUUUCAAACUGAUGAUAAUUUCCACGAGGGCGGGAUCCCUCGGAAUCAAUCUCCAUUCGGCCAACCGCGUGAUAGUCUUCGACGCUUCCUGGAACCCAACUCAGGAUAUUCAAUCUAUGUUCAGAGUUUACAGAAUGGGACAGCAGAAACAAGUGUAUAUUUACAGGUUCAUAGGACAGGGCACGAUUGAACAUAAAGUUUAUUAUCGUCAAGUUGUCAAGGUUUCACUUGCAGAACGCGUCGUGGACAAAAAUUCGAAAGAAAGACGCUUCACGGAUCAUGAGUUAGGUGAAUUGUACAGGUUUAAUCCGACUAUGGAGGAAAGUCCAAUACAAAUGGUGCCUGAUGACAAGGUGUUGGCGGAUAUAGUUUACAACCACAAAGACAAGUGGAUCGGCAAUUUCUACGAACACGAUACCUUGUUGCAAGAUGAUAACGAUGAAGAUUUGUCCGAAUCGGAAAAAUUGGCGGCUUGGGAUGAAUAUGAAAAGGAACGUGAGCGAAUGAGGUCGCCGCCCCCGGGAGGUGUGUUGCCGGGCGCCAUUAAUUACCCUGGCCUGGUAGGGUUUCCCACGGGAUACGGGUUGUUACCGUCUGGACUACCUAUAAGCAUGAGUGACGUUUUCGCAGGACAAGAAUCCUUGAACGGACCAAGUAACCCAGCUGAAAGAGCAUCCUGGAUUGAAAGCCUGAGGAGCGUAUUACCUGCCGACCUGAUAGCGAAAUUAAUAAAUAAUGUGUCAAUUACAGACGAGUCACGACCGGUGGACAUGACAUUGCCGAGUAUGUUUGACGAAGCACCGUUGACAAGUUUGACUCAAGCUGGAGCCACUUUGCUUCAGUCAACCCACAACGCUACAGUGUCCAUCGCAGGAAACAUUCUUCCGGGACUGGAAAGUACAAGAAUUAGUGAUGCGGGUGCCUUGACCUUACCCGCGCCAAGUGAUAGUGCCGUGACUCCGGGAGUCUUACCUUUUCACCCUAAUACUAGAAGUACCAUAGCGCCUAUAAGUUCGGUGAGUCGUACAAGUAGCGUCAGCCAAAUACCUUCAGAAGUGACGCAGAACUCAAGUGUGGAUACAAAUCACCAGACGCCGAGAGCUGUUGCAAGCGAAGCUGACAUCACACGAGCCUCAACAGUGCUGAAGAACCAAGUCAUGAUGACCUUGAAACAGGACAUGUCAGUGGCGGAUAUCAAUAAGUAUCUUCUCAUUUAUGAGAAAGAAAGGAGGGCGCAUAUUAAGUUCAAAGAAGAUUUGAAAGCGUAUAAGAGUGACGCACUGGAAUAUGUUAAAAAAUUCAUUAAGAAGUAACAUAUCAGCAAUUCUUCAUUUUGAGCUGCUAUAAUUGAUUGCUUCCUUUUAUUAUUGUAGAAUUUGCAAAUUUUGUGUUAUUAUUAAGCUGCUCUUUGAUUCAUGGUUAAACUGCAAUGGUGCCUAUUAUUAGCUUAGAUUUAGAAUCAUUUUGGUUUUAUUGGCUUUCUGCUUGCUUGUUUUUGAGCAUUACUUUGAAAUUGUCUUUGAAAAGGAAAAAAGUAUUUAACUUUUAAUCUUGUCUUUAUUAUACGGAAAAUGGUAAUUGAAUAAGUUACUGAAUGUUGUUUUCUUGAGUCAUGAGCUGCUGUGCGAUUGAUAUUAAAGGAGUUUAUAUUGCGUCGACCUCUGCCCAGAUAUUUUCGACCUUGUUAA